UCUCAGCUGAUCGGAAGUUCGAGUCGGAGGUGAAGGUGUUAGCGGGGGAGUGAUGGUGGACACCGUAGCGGACACACGGAGGCUUUACGCCAAACCACAAAACCUUAACGAUGCCUACGGACCUCCUAGUAACUUCCUAGAGAUCGAUGUCAGCAAUCCCGAGACGGUUGGAGUCGGACGGGGCAGAUUCACUACAUACGAGAUCAGACUGAAGACCAACCUUCCCAUCUUCAAGCUGAAGGAGUCGUCCGUCAGGAGGAGAUACAGCGACUUCGAGUGGCUCCGAUCCGAGCUGGAGAGAGAGAGCAAGGUGGUUGUUCCUCCUCUGCCAGGGAAAGCCCUGUUCAGACAGCUCCCGUUUCGUGGAGAUGACGGCAUUUUCGACGACUCCUUCAUCGAGGAGCGACGGGCAGGUCUGGAGCAAUUCCUCAACAAAGUGGCUGGUCAUCCGUUGGCCCAGAACGAGCGUUGCCUGCACAUGUUCCUUCAGGACGAAUCUUUGGAUAAAAACUACACUCCCUCCAAAAUCAGACACGCCUGAACCUGGAAUCUGCACACGACAUGACUCGUCUCGUCCGACCUGAACUCCUCUUCACUUGGGAUUCAAAAACAAGCAGAAAGCAAGAAACUUCUGAACCAUUCACACUGCAUAUGGUCCUGAGCCCCCAAAAAAAGCCUCUGACGCUCAAACAUCUCUCUGUAGAUUGAAUCAUCAAAACUCUGUCACUACAGAUCACUUUGUUCUCUCGGAUUAAACCGAUAAUCGUCUCUAAAGCGUAGACGAAAACGAGGCGUCUCAUCUGUUAGGUUUGCGGAUAUCAUGCUAGCUUAAAAGCGACACUAACUUUUUAGAGGCUCAGGAUAUUUUUGCAAGAAAACAAAACACACAAACCAAAAAGGUUUCUAUAUAUAUAUAUACUUGCAAACGUUAUGACUUAAUUUACUGUCAUUGGAAUUAAUUCUAUUUUUCUUUAACUGGCUUUAAUCUUUUCAGGCACUUUCUUUUCUUUCCCCCCCCCGUCUAACACUUGCACUACUCUUGAGAACACAAAGCUAGGACUCUUCUUUCUCUCACGGAGCAAAAAACUUGUCGCCUCUCCGACAUGAAGUCGUGUGAACUGUAAGAACCAUGCAGCUGAGCUGAGCCUCAAUGAAUUGCUUUGGUUUUGGUUUUAUCUCUAAUUGAAGUCCAUGUAAACACAAAAAGGCUUGCUCCCUGAUUUGUAUAUUGCUGUGCCAUUAUUUGUUUCUGAAGGUUUUCCAAUAAAACUGUUGACACACACAAACACA